GAUGGCUGGCGUGAUCCGGCGGCUGGAUGAAGCCGUGGUUAACCGCAUCGCGGCCGGCGAGGUCAUCCAGAGACCGGCAAACGCCAUCAAGGAAAUGAUAGAAAACUGCUUGGAUGCUAAGUCUACGAGUAUCCAGGUAGUCGCUAAAGAAGGUGGUCUGAAGCUCAUCCAGGUCCAAGAUAAUGGCUGUGGUAUCAGGAAGGAAGAUCUGGACAUUGUAUGUGAGAGAUUUACUACAAGUAAACUGCAAAAAUUUGAAGACUUGACUAGUAUUUCUACAUACGGUUUUAGGGGUGAGGCAUUGGCUAGCAUCAGUCAUGUUGCCCAUGUUACAGUGACGACUAAAACAGCGGAUGCAAAGUGUGCAUACAGAGCUACUUACAGUGAUGGAAAAAUUAAAGCCCCUCCAAAACCCUGUGCUGGAAACCAAGGAACUCAGAUCACAGUUGAAGAUCUUUUUUACAAUGUAAGUACAAGGAGGAAAGCUUUAAAAAAUCCAAAUGAAGAAUAUGCAAAAAUACUGGAAGUUGUUGGCAGGUAUGCCAUCCAUAACUCAGGCAUCAGCUUUUCAGUUAAAAAGCAAGGCGAUACCGUGUCAGAUGUUAGAACUGUAUCAAAUGCCUCAACAGUGGACAACAUUAGGUCCAUCUUUGGAAAUGCUGUUAGCAG